AUGGCUCGUAUGCAGCGCCUUCUGGCGUUACUAGCAACCGUGCAUCUGGCCACAGCACAGAAUGGCUCUCACUUCAAGACGAUUCCCGUCUAUCCCUCCCCUCCCAUGACUGGUAAUAAUGAAGCAGAAGCUGUUAUGGCCGCUACCAACGACUUCAUCUCUAGACUGACACUCGAAGAGAAAUCCAGCCUGGUCGAUGGUACCGAUGGACCUUGCGGUGGAAACAUCGCGCCAAUCCCUCGCCUGAAAUUUAAAGGAAUAUGUCUUCAAGAUUCUCCUGUGGGAGUAAGAGAGGCCGACUUUGUUACUAUUUUCCCAGCCGGAAUCACAGCUGGUGCAAGCUUUGAUAAGGUUAUGAUUCGAGAGCGUGGGCGCCUCAUGGCUGAAGAGUUUCGAGCAAAAGGAAUCAACAUCGCUUUGACGCCUGUAGCAGGACCCCUUGGCCGAUCGGCCUUGGGCGGACGCAAUUGGGAGGGAUUCGGAGCCGACCCCUACCUCUCCGGUAUUGCUGUCUCGGAAACGAUUGCCGCAUUCAAAGAGCUUAACGUGCAAACCACAAUCAAACACUUUGUCGGAAAUGAGCAGGAGACAAUGCGAAACCCUACGAUGCGCGAGGAUGGGGUAAUCAUACAAAACUCUGUGAACUCGAACAUCGAUGACCGUACUAUGCAUGAGCUCUACAUGUGGCCUUUUGCGGACGCCAUCCGCGCUGGCGCCGACCAUGCUAUGUGCUCGUAUCAGCAACUCAACCAGACAUAUGCGUGUUCGAACCCCAAAGCGCUUAAUGGUCUUCUAAAGGGCGAGUUGGGGUUCCAGGGUUCCGUCUUCUCGGAUUGGUUCGCAACGCAUUCUGGAGUCGCUUCAAUCAACGCAGGGCUUGACCUCAACAUGCCAGGCGGCAGGGCUUCGCCAUACUUCAUGAACAUGUCGCAGUUUGUUGAGAAUGGCGAUGUUUCUAAGGAACGCCUUGACGACAUGGUUCGCCGUAUCUUAACUCCCUACUUUCGUCAGAAACAGAAAAGUCCAGAUUAUCCCGCCCUAGACCUUAGCUUAAACGAGUUCAAGACACAAUCAUCCAUGGCUACGGGAAACAACAUUCUCCUGCCAGCGACCCCUGACGAGUUACCCAUGUGGAACAUAGGUGGGACAAAGAAUCGCGACGUUCGCAAGGAUCACGGCAAAUUUGUUCGGGAUCUUGGUGCCGCUGGCGCAGUCCUCUUGAAGAACGACGGCGCACUGCCGUUCAAGGCUCUCAAGAACAUUGCUGUUUAUGGCAAUGACGCAGCAGACUUGAGCGAGGGACAAUUCGCGUUAGAUCCUAUCGGCCCCAUCGGACCUAAAAUGGGCGCCAAUGCUCAAGGCGGCGGGUCCGGCACUGGUCGUUUCUCGUACCUCGUAUCCCCACUACAGGCGAUCAAGGAACGCAUGGGAAGUGGCUUGGUGCAGUACAUCUUGGACAACGACGCCAUCCCUAGCAACAUUGGGAGUAUCUACCCUGCGCCAGAGGCUUGCCUUGUCUUUGUCAAGAGUUUUAUCGGUGAAGCCACUGACCGCAAAACCCUGGACUUUGAUUGGGAUGGCAACGCAAUCAUCGAUAUUGUGAGCCAAAAGUGUAACAACACUGUUGUAGUCACCCAUACAGGCGGUCCUAACAAUAUGCCUUGGGCAGACAACCCGAACAUCACAGAAAUCAUUGCUGGGCAUCUGCCGGGCCAGGAGAUUGGCCAUUCCAUCGCAGAUAUUCUUUGGGGCGAUGUGAACCCAAGUGGCAAGCUUCCAUACACAAUUGCCCGCGAUGAGUCAGACUACAAUGCCCCCGUCGUCAACUUGACUGGUUCCGUCGGUAUAGACGCGUGGCAAGCUGACUUUACUGAAGGCCUGUACACUGAUUACCGACACUUUGACAAGAGCGGUAUUGAACCACUGUAUGAGUUUGGGUUUGGCCUGAGCUAUACUACUUUCAGCCUCAAGCUUGUUUCAGUGACGAAACUCGUGUCAAAUGCCUCUGCUAUGCCGCCCAGCCGCCCAACCCAGCCUGGCGGUAACCCGGCUUUAUUCGAGGCUCUGGUUAGUGUGACUGUCACUGUCGAGAACACGGGUAAGCUUGCAGGGGCGACGGUUCCGCAGCUCUAUGUAUCCCUGCCUGAUUCUGCGCCUCGCGGGACUCCUGUCAAGGUCCUUCGAGGAUUUGACAAGACGAAGAAACUCUUGCCUAACCAGAGCCAAAAGAUCUCGUUUGUGCUUACAAGGAAGGACAUGAGCUUCUGGGACGUUAUUGCGCAGGACUGGCGUAUUCCAAAGGGUCGUUUUUCCCUCAAGGUUGGGUUUUCUAGCCGUGAUCUACCUGUUAAAGAGUUUAUGACCUUUUAA